AUGAAAGCAAGCUACCUUCUCAUCGGCCCUCGCGGGUCGGUCUGGAACGUGUCCAUGGUAGUGGACCACUACGAGCAGCCCCGCAACGUGGGCAGCUUCGACAAGAGCGACAAGAGCGUGGGCACCGGCCUGGUCGGCGCCCCCGCAUGUGGGGAUGUGAUGAAGCUCCAGAUUCGCGUCGACGAGGAGGGAAACAUCGUUGACUCGUGCUUCAAGACGUUUGGCUGUGGGUCGGCCAUUGCCAGCAGCAGCGUGGCCACAGAGUGGGUGAAAGGCAAGGCGGUGGACGAGGUGCUGACCAUCAAGAACAGCGACAUUGCCAAGCACCUCAGCUUGCCACCCGUCAAGCUGCACUGCAGCAUGUUGGCAGAGGACGCCAUUAAGGCGGCAGUCAAGGACUGGCGGGCGAAGCAGGCCGCCAAUGCGACAGAGACCCGGAGCCAGGUGGCAACGGCGUGA